UAUGGGAAAAACUCAAAAACAUGACUACUGGCAUGGCCAGAUAUUUGGUUUGGCUUUGGCUCCUGAGUAUCACAUAAUUCAAUUCGCCAAGAACCUGGCGAACCACCUGGAAGAUAUCUUUGACCAUACUGACGCUGCAUUCUAUGUGGACCUCAUUCUGAGAGCAUCACACUCAUGGAAAAUAAAGAUGUUUGAGGAGCUUGGUUACGUAAUCUAUAAACGGAAGGAGAAGUUUUUUGAGGGCAAGGAGGAUGGGUUCAAAAUGAGGAAACCAUUAUCUCGGGAUAAAGAAAAGAAAACUAUCAUCCCCCCUAGACCUAAAAGUUCUUAUGCUCCGGAUGAACUGGGCACAGCAAAUGAUGAUGCUCUACGCAAAUACGAUGAAUACUGAUACUAGUGAAACUUCAGCACGAGAAUUUGAUCGAAAUGCAUUGAUGUGAAGAUCCGGGAAUUAGGCACCGUAUACCGGUGGUAGAUUUUUUUUGUUAUGAACUUGUGAGAAAUGUGAUAUAUGAAUAUGAAUGUACACUAUCUGAUGACAAGCUAUUCCUUGUAGCAGGAACA